CAGGAGCUUUUCAUUGUUUGUAUCGUGGUUGUGCAGAUGUGCUCAUUGUAACUGCAAUUUGGCCAUUGAUUUCAAACUGCGCUUCAGCUCUGCCGCCGCCCAUUGCAUUUCUCUGUUAACCAAACCAUGUGUCGCCUAUUGUGGCCCGCUAACUUUGUGCCCACCUAAUGCUUACAUCCGGAUAACCCGUUCGGAGAAUGAGAGAUCAAUGUUGGAUUGUGGCAGUCAUCAUACUUUUGACUUUAUAUACCUACGUCCGUGUUUUCUACUCUGUCCGAUCUCCACCUCACCAUUACGGAGUAUUGCGAAGGUGGUCUUCCCUCUAUCGACCUCUUCCACAUUCACCUGUGACUGUUGUCGACGUUGACCGGCAACAUGCUCAUCGUGUGUUAGUGUUUGUGCAUAUACAAAAGACAGGUGGUACUUUAUUGGGACGAAGGUUGACAUGGGGUGGUGUGCAAACCCGCCCGUGCAUCUGUCUUCCCGGUAUUCUCCGCUGCCGGUGUCCAACAAAGCAGGGGCUCACAUGGCUAGUCAGUCGUUAUUCCACCGGUUGGAUAUGUGGACUGCAUGCAGAUCUGACGGACUAUUUACAGUGCAUAGACCGCAAGCUGAACAUCUUUGACUCGAAGGUGGUCAAGCGCAAGUUCUUGUAUUUCACUGUGUUACGCAAUCCCGUCGAGCGAUAUCUGAGUGAGUGGCUGCAUGUGCGGAGAGGUGCAACGUGGCAUUCCUCACCGCUUCGAUGCAAUGGCAAAUCGGCGCGAUCCGGUUGGUUCCGUCCGUGUUACACUGUUCCCGAGUUUAUGAGCAACGUCACAAGCCCCGCCUAUCUCCCGACGCAUCAAAUAUGGUACAACGUCAGUCUGCAAACUUUCUUACGAUGUCCGUUUAAUUUGGCAAACAAUCGACAGACCCGAAUGUUGGCCAAUCUAACCUCACUUGGCUGCUAUUCCAACUUGGCGCAGUGGCUCAAACCGUCCCGCUCUCCGUAUCAACAUUUGUCAACUGCGCAGCGAACUUUGUGCCUCAGUGCCAAGUACAAUCUUGCCGGGUUCUUUCACACAUUCGGUCUAAGUGAUCAUAUGGUUUACACGCAGUAUAUGUUGCAACGCGCGCUGAAAAUCGUGUUCAAUUUCCCCCUGACGAACUUGAGCUCCUUCGUCCACGGCAAUGGGACACAUGCGCAGGACGCUAUGCAUAUGAUGAGCGCCACUGAUCUGCUCAAGGUGUACUAUGCCAAUCGACUGGACGCAGAAUUGUACGAAUUCGCUAAGCGUCUGUUUCUCCUUCGUUUCACCGCGCGUGUCGUUUACGACACGCAGAUUCCCUCCCGAUUCCGGCGUCCACUGUACACCUUGUGGAUUCGUAACAAUUGGCCAGCCUUGGAAUACAACUUGCUGUUCACGAAAACGUUGAACACAACUUUCUCUUUCUAUUUUCAAUUCAAUUGCCAUCUGAUUCGUUUAUUUCAGCGUCAGUCGAAACCACAAUGAUACGGCCAUGCCACGCCGCAUGAGGCGCUGUUGGUAUGAUCCUCCGAUGGCGCCCGUUGACCUCAAUGUGCGACUUGACGUCGUUUCAAGUAUUUUCCGUCAUCCACUCUGUGUCCCUUCUGUUUACUUUCGUGUCGUCUAAGCGCACAUCAGUACACACUAACAUGUAUGUCGAAGCGCCGUGGUCAACGCCAGGAAUUUUGACAGACACAUCGGUAAUCUGGAGGGACAGUGGGUACAAAACCAGAUUUCGCUUAUUUUUUAUUUGCUUUUUUAUCUCGUGAUAUUAUUUUGCUCCGAUUUGCCUUUACUGACUUCAUUGUAAAGCAGAGGACAAUUGUGACGAAAUUUCAUACAAUUUCCUCACCGA